AUGGCGCCUCCUGCUUCCAGAGGGUCUGGAUCUGGUGCUGGUCAUCCUGCUCCUCCCUCUCCAGUCAUUGAAGUGAUCUACAUUCCCGAAGCCCUGGAGCGAUGUUGGCAAUUCCUCCCCAUGAUUACAAAAAGCCAAACUAACCCCUCGAAACAGUACUCGCUUCCGACACAAUAUACAAAGCGGCCUGGCUACAACACUACCGGCAGAGCCGUUGGCGCCAACCUGAACGCAUACAAGGUUCUCCAAUUUCCCAACAUCAAAAUCUUCCAGUACGACGUCGUCAUCGGCAGUGGCGGAGAGAAGCGAACUGUCAACAACAAGGUGUGGGAUUCGCAGGCUCGCAAGAACGCAACUGGGCCACCUAUCAUCUGGGACGGCAAUCGUCUUGCUUGGUCCUUACGCGACCACAAUGAAAUUCGCCUCAUGGUCGAUCUCGAUCAGGAAGAGGGUCGUCCCCCUCGAGCAGACGGCAGAAAUUCUUUCCGUGUGGCGAUCAAAAAGACUCGAGAACUUGAUGUCAGCCUCAUUCAACAAUACAUUGAGGGCCGUGUGCAGAUGAACCAGUACGUCGCCGAGGGACUCAUGUUCUUGGACCAUCUUCUCCGAGAAAGCCCUAGAUCUUCACCUCAAUUCAUUCCCAUCCGCCGAAACCUCUUUCGGCGUCAGGGUCAGCGUGCUGAUCUAGGCGGUGGCAUCGAGGUCUGGCGUGGCGUUUACCAAUCAAUGCGUCUCGCUGAGGGUCAGAAGAUGAUCGUCAACGUGGACGUGGCAAACACUUGUUUCUGGAGACCAACGUCUUUGACCUCAGCCAUUGUCACAAAGUGGAGGGAAAUCAAAGACCUCAAUGACAUCGCGAAUCGAAUGGAGCCAUAUCGAGAUAAUGGUCAUCGAUCGAUCACCGAAUUCCACGUUACCCUACAGAAAGCUUUCAAAGGGGUCGAGGUCAAGGCCUCGUACAAGGGCAAUCCAAACCCAGACAAGGUGUGGAAGAUCUAUCGGUUUGAUAUCAACAAUGCCAACGAGGAGAUGAUUGAAUGGAAGGAUCCGGUCACUAGGCAAUCUACUGGAGAGAUGGUUUCUGUGGCGCACUAUUUCAAACGCAAAUACAACCUCACCUUGCAAUACCCCAAGCUAAGACUUGUGGAGAUGACACGCCAGGGUGUCAAAUAUCCUAUGGAACUCCUCUCCAUCAUGGAGGGUCAGCGAUAUGGUGCAAAAUUGGACGAAAUUCAAACUGCCAACAUGAUCAAGUUUGCCGUGUCGCCCCCCAAUGUUCGACUGAAUGCUAUCAAUGAGGGCAAGAGCUGGUUGAACUGGGAAGGUGACAACUACCUGAAGAACUAUCGCCUUCAUAUCAACCCGGCGCCUAUCAAGACUAUGGCACGUAUUCUUCCAGCCCCCGGCAUCAAGUUCGGCAACAAGGUGGAGCAGGUGGGUACGCGAGGCCGUUGGGAUCUCAAAGCAAAGACCUUCUUGAGUCGAAACCCUCAGGAGCUUGUCUCUUGGGGUGUAGGCGUCUUCCCCGGUCGAUUCAAGGUCGAGAAGGCUCAGAUUGACCAGUUUGUUCUCGACUUUGCCCGCGCCUAUCGAAACCACGGAGGACAAGUUGCGAACGCUCCACCCUAUGUCACCACCCUUUCCGCUGACGCAGGAGCUGCUGUUGCUGCCUUACAUCAAGCCACCGGGAACAAGUUCAAUCGCCGACCGCAACUCUUGAUCUUCUUAGUUCAAGAUCGUCAGUCCUUCCACUAUCUGCGAAUCAAGAAGUCUUGCGAUUGUCGCUUUGGUGUCGUCUCCCAGGUCAUGCAAAUCCAACAGGUCCUGAAGGGCAACCCGCAGUAUUAUUCCAAUGUCCUGAUGAAAGUGAACGCCAAAUUGGGCGGCACGACCGCUCAAGCCAUACCCCAUCCGACAAGUGGAUUCAAAUCGUUCCAAGUGCCGACUAUGAUCAUUGGAGCUGACGUCUCGCAUGCUUCACCUGGCAGUCAACAGCCGUCGAUGGCGGCCGUGACCGUGUCGUUUGAUCGAUUCGGCGGACGGUACGCUGCAGCAUGUCAAACCAACGGCCGUCGAGUGGAAAUGAUCUCAGAGGCUAACUGGCGGAACAUCUUGAGGCCUCUCGUUCGAGAGUGGAUGUCGCAGGUGGGCGGCGGCCGAUCUCCUCAGCAAGUCUACUAUAUGCGUGAUGGCGUCUCUACCAAUCAGUUCGAGCACGUCCUCCAACAAGAAGUCCCGCACAUCAGAAGCGUCAUUGAGUCUUGUAUGGAUGGCCAGAAGUUCCAGGGCAAAAUCACGGUCAUCAGUGCCAACAAGCGGCAUCAUGUCCGUUGCUUUCCAGACAAGGACGGCGCUGACAACAAAGGCAACCCUCUUCCGGGCAUGUUGAUCGAGAGAGAUGUCACUCAACUUAAUGAGUUUGAUUUCUAUCUCUACUCGCACAUCGCGCUCCAAGGAACAUCUCGUCCAGUGCACUACUCUGUUCUUCUUGACGAGGCCAACCACCGUCCGGAGUUGAUCCAGAACAUGAUCUACGAACACUGCUACCAAUACAUGCGCUCGACCACUUCUGUGUCGUUGCACCCGGCAGUUUACUACGCUCAUCUGGCGUCAAACCGUGCAAAGGCCCACGAAGACUUGCCCGCGACUCAUGGUCCUCAAGGCGGUGCUGGCUUCAAGCAACAAAACCCAAGCCGAAGCUCGGAGCCUUCCGACACCGAGGUCAAACCUCUUAUGCCUCUUUUCAACGUCAACGGCAUCGUCUUCGCCAUGUGGUACAUUUGA